UCAGGAGACCAGGACCUGGCUGAGCAACGUGGGGGCCAAACAACGCGGCCGACAAGCGGCCGCUGCCUGCCGGGCCGUCUCUUCUGGGACCCUCGAUUUUCGGACACUGAGCGCCAUGGCCCUGCCUCUGCUGCCGGGCAACAGCUUUAACCGCAACGUGGGAAAGGAGAAGUUUCACAAAUCCCAACAUUGGGGCUUUUGCAACAAUGUUAUGAUGUUGGUGAGUGAUGAAAAGCCUGGAAUAGGUGGAGAACCACUUCUGGGGCAAAAGAUAAAGCCUAAAUGUAGCAUAUAUCCUAAAGGAGAUGGAAGUGAUGUACCAUCAUGGGUAGCCUUUGAUAAACAGGUAUUAUCUUUUGAUGCCUAUUUGGAAGAGGAAGUAUUUGAUAAAAGCCAAACCAACUACAGAAUAAGAUACUAUAAAAUCUACUUCUACCCUGAAGAUGACACAAUUCAAGUAAAUGAACCAGAGGUGAAAAAUAGUGGAUUGCUUCAAGGGACUUCUAUCCGGCGUCAUCGGAUUACUCUUCCGCCUCCUGAUGAGGAUCAGUUUUAUACUGUGUAUCAUUUUAAUGUCGGCACAGAGGUUGUCUUCUAUGGCCGGACAUUCAAGAUUUAUGACUGUGAUGCAUUCACAAGAAACUUUUUGAGGAAAAUAGGGGUCAAAGUGAAUCCCCCAGUACAAUGUCCAGAAGAUCCUUACAUGAAGAUUCGGAGAGAGGUUGUAGAACACGUAGAGCCCCUACGUCCCUACGAAUCCCUCGACACCCUGAAACAGUUCCUCCAGUAUCAUGGCAAGAUUUUGUGUUUCUUCUGCCUGUGGGAUGACUCAGUCUCGAUGUUUGGAGACCGUAGAGAACUCAUCCUGCAUUACUUCUUGUGUGAUGAUACUAUUGAAAUCAAAGAAUUGCUUCCACACAACUCAGGCCGAGAUGCUCUAAAAAUGUUCCUCCGGAGGAGUAAGCUACCCAAGAAUUGCCCACCUAGAGUCUAUCAACCAGGCCAGAUAACAGAUCGAGCAGUUCUCAAUUCAUAUGGUGACUUUAUGAAGAACCAAGCGGAUAGCUACCUGUUCGACAGAUAUAAGCUAGGAAAAGUAGACCAAGAGUUUUACAAAGAUAGUGACCUGUCCCUAGGAGUCACCAUCAAUGUGUGGGGAAGAAAAGUGCUCCUUUAUGACUGUGAUGAAUUUACAAAGUCUUAUUAUAAGUCUAAAUAUGGAAUUGAGAACUUUACCUCAGUUUCAUGCAAGCCUCCUUCUCCUCCUCCAAAAAUAGAAAGGAAAUUUCCACCUUACAACGGUUUUGGUUCUGAAGAGGAUUCUCUCCGUAACUGCAUAAACCUCAAGCCCACACCUCAUCAGAGGAACUUCAAGAAGUUUAUGGAAAAAGACAGCUAUGGCUCCAAAAGCAAUAUACUCCGUUUUUUUGCAAAACUCGUCACAGACAAAUGUGUUGACUUGGACAGGAUGUUUGUUAUUUCAUAUUAUCUCAGUGAUGACACCAUUUCAGUGUUUGAACCUAUAGAGAGGAAUUCAGGAAUUGCUGGUGGGAUGUUCUUGAAAAGAAGUCGCGUUAAGAAGCCUGGACAAGAAGUCUUUAAAAGUGAACUAUCUGAAUAUAUCAAGGCCGAGGAGCUGUACAUUGGAGUCACAGUGAAUGUGAAUGGUUACCUAUUUCGUUUGCUCAAUGCUGAUGAGUAUACCUUAAACUACAUGGAGCAGAAUACAGAUAAGUAUCCUUUCAGUAACCUCAAACUUGCCCUACAAAAGCUGAAGCAAGAAGAAGGAAAAUCCAGAGAGCUCAAGCAAGUAUUUAAAGCUGCUGACCCUAAGCACACAAAGAUGGUGGAUUAUAAUACAUUCAGAGCCAUAUUGAUGUCUUUGACUGUUGGAAACCUUGCAGAGCAAGAAUUUGUAACCAUUGCACGUCACUACCGUGCGCCUGAGGGCACAUGUUCAGAUAUGGAUUUCUUAAUCGCACUGGCCCACGACAAGUUCAAGAAAAAUAUGUUUGAGAAUUUCGACACUUUCAUUUAUUCCUGUGUGUAUGAAGAUCGAGAAAAAAAAAAUGUAUUACCCACCAAAGACAUUAAAAGGCUGUGCAAAUCCUCCAGAUUACCUUUGAGUGAUGAUCUUCUAGAAUCCUUAUUGUCAAGGUUUGAAGACAGUGAAAAACAAAUAGAUUAUAAGUCAUUUUUCUCUGCCCUGAACUGGAGAAAGAAUCCAGUGCCUGAAUUGCAACCAGCAUCAUACCUUAAAGAGAGAUGUGAAGAUGUUUGGCUUGGUAUGCCAUCACCUAUUCCUGCGAAAUACAUUGACUACUGGACCUUUUUGAAGGACGUGUUUGGCUUAGAGGAGGAAUAACCAUGCCAGUUUUGGUCAAUUCUCUAUGAUUUACUUCUCUCAUUUUGCCACAUUUACUUUAGUAGAUAUAAUUUCAUUAAAAACAAAAAAGAAACAAGGUUUAUAUUAAAUGAAAAUCCAUAAACCACAAUUAAUCCUAUUUUGUCAUGUUAGUUUUACAGAACAUCAUGUUAUAUUGCCGACGUACUGUUACUAUUUAAAAUGCCAUCUUAAAACAUGUUGAAUAUUUUUAUUAUAUGUAUGAUUUAUUAAUACCAAAAAAUCUUCUGAUAAUUUUCAUCCAACAUAAUUUGAUUCAUUACUAUAUGUACAGAAAAUGACUUUUGAAGGUUAUACAUGACAAUACAAAAUCAAAUUAUAUCACAGCAAUAAGUUGUGAUUCUAUUAAACAUUUUUGAAACCUUUU